CCCCGACUUCCGGGUCGCGUUGCGUGCAGGAGCGCUCGGCGAGCAGCGUCGUUUCCGUGGCCGGCUGUUUGCAGUUGGGGAAACCGAGGCAGCUGCAGCUCCCCCUCCCUUAGUUCCUCCGCUGCUGUGAGGAAAAAUGUUUAUUUCUCUGUGGGAAUUCUUCUAUGGCCACUUUUUUCGAUUUUGGAUGAAAUGGCUGCUACGACAGAUGACUGGGAAGUGUGAGUUGCAGCGAAUUUUUGACACCUAUGUAGGUGCACAAAGGACGCACAGAAUAGAAAAUUCCCUGACAUACUCCAAGAAUAAGGUUUUGCAGGAAGCGACACGUGCUGUUGAGAGUGAGGUGGACAAAUGUGUGGACGACAUAAUGAAGGAGAAGAAUAUUAACCCUGAGAAGGAUGUCAGUUUUAAAAUAUGCAUGAAGACAUGCUUAUUGCAGAUAACUGGUUAUAAACAACUCUAUUUGGAUGUGGAAAGUGUGAGAAAAAGGCCAUAUGAUUCUGAGAAUGCACAGCAUGAAAAACUGCUCCUAAAGCUUUGGAACCUGCUGAUGCCCACGAAGAAGCUGAAGGCGAGAAUCUCCAAGCAGUGGGCUGACAUUGGUUUCCAGGGCGACGACCCCAAAACAGACUUCAGAGGCAUGGGGAUCCUUGGCUUAAUCAACCUAGUGUAUUUCAGUGAAAAUUACACCAAUGAAGCUCAUCAGAUUCUUUCCCGUUCAAAUCAUCCAAAAUUAGGGUAUUCUUAUGCAAUAGUUGGCAUCAACCUUACUGAAAUGGCUUAUAGCUUACUGAAGAGUGAAGCUUUGAAGUUUCACCUCUACAACUUUGUCCCCGGGAUACCAACAAUGGAACACUUCCAUCAGUUUUAUUGUUAUCUUGUCUAUGAAUUUGACAAGUUUUGGUUUGAAGAAGAACCAGAAAGCAUUAUGUAUUUCAACCUGUAUAGAGAGAAGUUUCAUGAAAGGAUUAAAGGACUCCUAAUGGAUUGUAAUGUAGCACUUACUUUAAAAAUGUAAAUUACCCAUAGUAUCUUCUAUUUCUACCACAUUUUGCACACACUGACAGAAUUUAUAUGUUGUAAUAGAAAUUAUCUGAUCAACUACACUCUUAUAUAUAAUUUCCUACAAAAAUACUUCAGAAAUUCUAUUUAAGAAAGCUAGUGGACAAUCAGUGUAUGUUUACAAUUGUUUAUACACUGUUCUCCAAAGGUACCUUAUCUUUCCAAAGAUCCCUUCUGUAGGGUCGUGUGGACUACAGUUUGGAGCUUGGGAUUUAGCCCAUUGGUGUAAAAGUACAAAUCAGGUAUUUAUGUUAGAUUGGUUGAUGAAAACGUAUACUAAUCACUUUUUGUUUUUAUAUGUUGUGACUGUCAGGUUGAUAUUGUUUUCAAGGCUUUUUAAAUAAUUUUUUUUUAAAUCUAGAAUUAAUUUUCUUUGUCUUACUUCUGUGUUUAUUAGUAGCAGGAAUUGUGUUUCUGUGUAUUAAUAGCAAGAGUAGUGCAUCUCAAUCACUUGUCCUAAUGUUGCUUCGUUACUAGCAGCAGGAACAUAAAAAUAACGGGAGGAUCAAUAACCAUGGCCUUCCCUUUUGGUUUAUCUGAUUAUUGAGUAUAACAGAAUGAGGAAUGACAGCGUUGGUGACUAGCUUUUGUUUUUAAACAACACACCUUGAAAUACCACAGUGUUAUUUCAUAACUUAAAGCCAUUUUCUUGUCUUCAGUAUUUGCUUUUUAUCAGUUGUAGAAAAAAAACCUUAGUACAUGGUGGAAAGGCUUUUAUGAAGCUCCUCCACUUGUAUUUAUUUAAAAGGGAUGAAUUUGACCGAAAGGAAAAAAAAAAAAAAAACUUCAUUGCAUUUAAGACAGUUUAGCUGUCUUUGAAUCUUAAACAGGAAAGUCUGAAGCUGUUUAAUAAUCUUGGUUAGCAUCACCAGUUUGACCAUUAACUCUUGCUUCUGUCUAUUUUGACUGCAUGGUGUUUGGAAUUGGUGAUGUGGAGUUAUUAGCAGUCUGCAACACUGAAGUAGCUUGAGGACAGUGACUGUCCAUUUUUUAUAGCUUUAUUCUCCUAAAAUCUCAGGAGGGCAGUGAGGGCUGCCAAGGAUGGUACAGUGAGGAGGUUCUAGGUAGAGCAAUUUCUUGAUGUGUUUAGAUGUUUAUACUCACAGCAAAAUUGAGAAGUUAAAGGGCCAGGAAACUUCACUGGAUUAUGCAAGUCCUCCUUAAAUCUUACAGAGACCAGUUAGAAAAAUUCACUGGAAAACAUGUUGAUCAUUAGUACAUUGUUUCAAUGCAGUAUUGCCAAGUGUUUUUUAAAGGACUGGUUUGUAUGUGACCGCAGCAGGACUUGAAACUUUUGAAGCAUUUGCUCAUGUGCAUUGAUAAAUCUCUCUUUAAACCUGUCAGAGAGAAGAAUGAUCAGAAAUAUUCUGUUGAAAGAUAACAGGUGCAGUGUGGUAUAACACAUCCAGUAGAAGUGCAAAUUAUUAUUUUCUCAGUUAAACGAUAUUAUCUUUAAACUUUAAUAGUGAUGUUUUAGCUUUUCAGUAUUACAGAAAUUCAAAAAUUGGUUUCUAAUAGGUGACUUCUCAACCUUAAGAUGGUCUUCAUUUAAUUUGUCAAAAAUGUUCAUGCUUUACUAUCCAGCAAGGGUGUUAAUGAUGUGUAGCAGAAUCCUGACAACAAUCAAGUGGUAGCCAUUAACAUUCACCAUAUUUUGUUGUUAACUUGUACAUGGAAAGCAGUCCUUUCAGUAUUUUUAUUUUUGUGCAGAAGUACUUAACAUUUAUAGUUUGAUUUUUCAGCAGCUGGGAUCUUGGAGUUAUUUAGUCUUGUCAGUUUACUUACUAAAAAAAGAUGUUUAAAGUAUAUAGAAAGGAAAAUUUUCAAAUAAUUUUUCCCUUUCUCGGGAGAAAGAAAAUUAAGAAAAUGUUAUAAAAUUUGUUCGGUGAUACAUUCCUUAAAUCCAUCUGUUUGUACUUCAGAGAUGUUGUCACUUUCACAUAAAAUAAUCAAUAACUAUUUCACAUAGUUCUGUAGCAAACUGAUGUAAAAAGAUGCCAACAGAUUCUAAGGCUUUAUACUUAGAAACCAAGUUAAGUGUCACCAAGUAUAAAUUAGAAUGUAAUAGGAGCCUUCUGACUUAUGUGUAAUAGUGGUAUACAUGGAAAGAAAAAUACCAUUGUGUCUGCUUUCCUAUUUUCCCUUACUUUGAACAUGUGUAUGUUAGAAUUUUUUGUAAUCUUUUAAAAUACAUUUUUAGAAGCUUGUUUCUAUAAUAAUAAAAUGCCACGGUAGUGAUAGAAUGUUAUGGCAUUGAAGUAGCAGGAAAAAUAUAUUCGUUUUAGGUUCAAAAAAAUGAAUCUGUAUUGAAAUGAAUUUUGUACAUACCAGAUUAAGGAGUGUGUGCCAGUAGCAAAAAUAGUCUAAAAAUGUAGCAGUUAAGGUUUAAAUAUGUUCUGAGAGACAAUCUUAAAGAAAUGGGAGAAGUUAGGGGCAUCAAUGAACUUAGACCAAUCUGACUUUGUUCAUAAAUGUGGUGACAUAAUACAGUAUAAAAAUCAGUGUCUUACUGGCACCAUCAGCAAUUUGAAAAAUGAGAUCAUUAUGAUUUUACUUCUAUCUUCUGAACCAUUUGGAUUUGUACAUAUUUUUCCACAUGGAAUUAUAUGUACUACUUAUUCUGAGUCUGGUGCAUGUAAUUGUUUAUGUACUAUUUCUCCCCUUUGAGAAUGUUCUGUGAAAUAGAACUUCAUCGAAGACCUGCCGAAAGGAAACACAUCACAGGAGUGUGAAAGUGGGUGCUCAUUGCUAGAACAGAGAAAAAAUUACAGGUGACUACAGCCUGGAAGGGUGGGGUUUGGCUUGGAGUGGUUGUUGAUUAUCAUUCUUGAGACUGUGACAAGGGACCAGCUGUAUUCUCAGGACAAAUGUUCUACUCCAUUCUUCUGUGAACAAGUGUAGAGAGAUUUUAAUUUCCAUUGUCUUAUUUAAGAACCCCUCUGCACAAGAAAUGUUUGAAAUGAAGCUUAGCAGGAUUGUCCAGACCUGAGGGAAAUCAUGAGUUAAAGUUGUUUUUAAAUGUUUUUUUCCUGUCUUCAGCUGUUGAUAAGAAAAAAAUUACAUGUAAUACAAGUGAAACCCAAGUACUUCCUUACCACUGUAGGAUGAUUCUGGUUCUGGUUGAGUAUUCAAUCCCUGAAGCAGCAUUCCCUGAGGAAAAGGUCCUGGUUGGCAAUUGUAAAUGUGUGAUUUCUGUCUACUUUGGAUAAAGCAAUUGACUUCUUAAGUAAAAGCAAUAGUGUGAAACGUGAUGUCGUUUUAUUUGGAAUGUUAAGUGAGCAAAUAAAAACUGUCUGAAUCACUGUCA